UACUACAAUAGUGACCUUGUUCACCGUGACUGUAAGGCCACGACUCAUCUCGAACAUAUGCCUUCGCUGCCAUCAUUAGAGGCCUUUGCCAAGGGAACCGCCGCUACCGUAGCUGGUGUUGCAACGCUAGGCUGCGGACUACUAUAUUAUGGACAAAAUUAUCUCAUUUAUCCAUCCGCAUUCCCCCCGGGCUCUCGCAUAGAGGUCCCAGUGCCCACGGAUUUUGGACUUGAAUACCAGGAUUUACCCCUUGUCACUGAAGAUAGGUUUACUUUACGGUGCUAUCUUCUCAUGCAACGGACAGAGAUAAGCAACAGCCACGCUGCACACAUAGAUUACCCAGACCAACAGACGCAUGAAGAGUUUGCAUCCACCCGACCAACAGUUUUGAUGUUCCACGGUAAUGGCGGCAAUCACGGUCACCGGAUACCUCUCGCAAAAGUAUUCUACGUCAAAAUGCGCUGCAAUGUACUCAUGCUCUCAUACCGCGGAUAUGGUCAUUCAGAGGGUUCUCCAUCAGAAUCAGGCAUACGUAUAGAUGCUCAGACGGCCCUCGACUAUCUUGCUUCGCAUCCAUAUUUGAAAAACACUCCCGUCAUCCUUUACGGCCAGUCUAUUGGUGGUGCUGUCGCUAUUGACCUUGCAAGUCGAAAUCCAUCGAAGAUCACGGCGCUAAUCCUGGAGAACACAUUCACGAACCUCCCACGUCUCGUACCUAAAGUUCUUCCUCUUCUUAGCCCUCUUUCGUUUCUUUGCCAUCAAAAAUGGGACUCGGCUUCGAAAAUACCUCUAAUACCUCGGUCGAUGCCGAUCUUAAUGCUGAGCGGUGUUAGAGAUGAGGUUGUUCCACGCGAGCACAUGCAAGAGUUAUGGCAGAUUGUUUCGCGGCGCCAGGGUACCAAAUCUAGUGAUACAGGAAACAAAUCUGACAUGCCGGAAGUCGGUAAUGGGAAAUCGAGAUUCCUUGAAUUUGAAGGAGGACACCAUAGUGCUUUGAGCCGUUAGAAGCCCCUAACGUGGUGCUUGUUCUAUCUGAAUCCAUACGAAGUGACAUCAUGAUCAUGGCGUUGGACAGUUUUUUUUCUUUCCGCGUGUUCACACAUUCCUUCACAAACAUGCGUUCACUAUUACAUAUCAUUUCACCAUGAAGAAAGCGACUAGUUUUUGUCCAUCAUUGUUGUAACAGGGAAAACAAAGGUCUAAACAAUCGUUUUAUCCUUCGUAGCGAUACGCAACCAACGCUUCUAUUCGGUGUACAUCAGUGCUGAAGCUUCGCAACUUCACUUGCUGACUCUUGCUCGCCUCGAUCGCCAGUGGAUCAGUGUCGACCCACUCAUCUGCAGGCACGUCAGCGGAGUCAUGUGUAUAUGCAAGGAUAUUGAAGACAGUCGGCGUGUCAAUAAUUGGGAGGAAGGUCACGGUUGAUACGAUUUGUUUGAGGAUGUAGCGAAUCUCGGCUUGGAUCUCUGAUUCAGGCUUUGUAGGUGUUCUUGUAAAGCAG